AGCGCAGGUGGUAGGAGGAAGUGGAGAGGCUCAGGGCUUCACGCCCCGUCCAAGUGCUAGUCACGAAGGCGAAGUCGAGCAGAGCGCAGCGGUCGCAGUGGCAAUGUGGCGAUAGCAAGGAUGAUGUCAGUGUCAGUGCUCUGUGUUCUCUGUGUUCCAGUGGCAGUGCCGGUGACCGUACGGGUCACUUAGUGACUAAGUGGAGACUGUGUUUAAUAAUUGGUGUCAAUGGAUCGGCAUCGUUAACAGCGUACCAGUAGGUACCGGGCUUGGUGUAUCUGCUGGAAUGAGGAGUUAUCAGUGACAGUGAUCCGCUGUACGGGUCACCAGUAUCGGUGAAAUGGGUGAAUUGCAGUGUCGCUGUCAGUGAACAGGUGACUGACAGUGCUGUGGUAUCAGUGACCGUACUGACAGCGAGCCACUGUAAGUGACAGUGUACCGCCCUCGGUGACCUGCGGGGUCACGUACUUCAGUGAACCAGUGACGAUAAAAGUGCAUAGUUUUCGGUGGCUGUGUGGGACGUGGAUUUACUACGUGCGCUGUCGCAGCUUGGGGUCACCUGCUACGGACAGCCACUGUCGCUGACCGUGUAGCGGCCUCAGUGACCUGCGGUGUCACCUGCCAGUGACAGUGUACUGCUGUCAGUGACCUGCGGGGUCAGGUGACAUGGCGUCGAUCCUGCGUCGGCUGGUGACCACUAUCCGGCCGCGGCAGCUCGCUCUGGCUAUCGCCGUGUCGGUGCUGCUGAUCAACGUGUGGACCAUCAGCCGCUCGCCACGCUUCAAAAGGCUAACCCGAACGACAGCGCCACCGGACGACUUCUCUCUCAGACUGAAUGUAGAUGGCGUCGCCGUCAGUCAGGAUAUAAGCUCGCAGUUCCCGGCUGGUGCAUCCAAUGAUAAGAGAGAACAACUGUCCCGUGUGGUCAGAAUGUUCAACUUGGUUGAGACGGAGCCGUCGAGUAAUAUUUGGUACGCCAGUCGUGCUAGCGAGAAGUCAUUCUUGGAGGACGAGCUGGCUGCACUUCGGGAGGUGUUCGACUUCUUGGAGCACCCGACAGCACACUGUGCCAACCUGACGCGCCUCGGCGGCCGACAGUACCCGGAGGGUGGCCACGACGGCGACAAGAUGGCCUGUCUGGACCGGCCGCUGACACUGGGACAGCCCGGCUGCCUCGUCUACUCGAUCGGCAUCAACAACGAGUGGUCGUUCGACCGGGCGGCCGCCGCGCUCGGCUGUGAGGUGCACAGCUUCGACCCCAGCAUGAAGGACCAGGCGGAGGGCCGGUUCGAGCCGGGCAUCACCUUCCACCGGAUCGGCAUCGGAAGGAACAACCACACGAGCGUCGACGGCUGGUCGAUCCUGGUGCUGGACCACCUGAUGGCCUCGUUGGGCCACCGGCGGCGCACCAUCCAGUACCUCAAGGCGGACGCCGAGGGCGGCGAGAUGGACAUGCUCAUCGACCAGCUGGUCGACCUCAAGAGCAUGUACCGCAUGUUCGUGCUGGACCGGGUGGAGCAGCUCGGCCUGGAGCUGCACAUGCGGCUGCUGCCCGAGCGCGAGGCGGCCUUCUAUCGCGAGGUCCGCGCCGUGUUCCGCCAGCUGCGCCGGCUCGGGUUCGAUGUAGUCCAUUCGGAGCCGAACCAGAUAGUGCCGGAGAGGUACCGGUUCCCCGGCGUGGACCGGCCCGUCAGCCUGCUGUAUGAGGUGCUGCUGGUGCGUCGGCGCCGCGCCGCGCCGCACUUUGACGCCAACGUUCACUACCCGUGUGGCUCCAAAGAGCGCUGCGACCUCAUCGAUGGUGUAAAGAAGUCGGUACGCGCGGUAGUGCCGGGCACGUGAGGGUGGAUGGUGCCGCCCCGGCACACCGCUCUCACCAUAACUAGCAGAGAGAGCGCCAGACGGCCCUCGGUGCUCUGCCCGUCGACCGCCACCUAACGAGCAGAGCGACCGUGGCGCCGACAGCGGCUGAUCGGGGUACUACGCCGCCUUGGAUCAGGGAUGCCGAGUGAGACAUGUUAUAAGCGGGUGAAAACCAAUGUCAUCGAAUAAAAUAAACAUGCAGGGAUAGAGUUGAGUGAAGUCCGGAGAAAACGCUAACCCACCGCCCGAGUCGCAAGUGUUCGUCUCCCUCGCGACAUCGUGUAUGAAUGCUCAGUGUGCGGCGAAUAGCCCGACUUGCCAUCUUCCUAAACUAUACUCUGGAUACAGAGUUUCAUUGCCGCUAAGACCGACCUAUCUCUAAUA